AUGAGGAUAGACGAAGGCGACGCCCAUCACCAUCAACAGGAACAGGCAGGCGUGCCACGGCCGAGGCUUUCCACAACCUCGCGCACCCCCCGCACCUCCUUCACAGCGCCGUCGACAUACAAAAAGGAGUUCACCGCGGCACUGCUGUCCAGCGCUACAUCGACUGCCAUUGCCGACCCCCAAUACGACCUGACCCGGAACGAGCUUUGGGCGUACUAUAUUUAUUACAUCGGCAACUCUGGUCUUGGCGUCUUCAAUUUUGCACCGACACAAUAUCAAAACCUGCUCACCAUCCGUGCAAAUAACCUCGCCCCGCUAGACGCUUCGGGGAACCAACUCUGCGGGGGAAUUGGUCAAGAUGUAUGCAAACUCCUCUGGGCGGGGCAGAUGCGCUCGCCCACCUCGAUCGUCCUGCUCGUCAAUGGAAUCUCAUUUGUUAUCCAAGCCGUGCUCUUCGUCCUGCUGGGUAGCAUGGCCGACUACGGGACGUUUCGGCCGUACAUCCUGAUCGUCAGUUCUGCGCUCGGCAUAGCUGUCUCCUUCGCCUGGCUUGGCGCUACCUCUCCGUCCAAGUGGGACCCGACAGGGACGACGCUGUACAUCAUGGGCCUCGUCAGCUACCAGCUUUCGCUGUCCUUCUGGGCCGCUGCGUUCCCUGGCAUGGCGCGGUGCAGCCGCGAGGUGCGCGAGGAGGAGCGCAAGCUGAAAGCCGGAGAGAGCUCGCCCGAGCAGCUGGAGAAGACGGACCAGUUGAUGCGCAACCGGAUCUCGAACAUCUCGUUCGCAGUUAGUUCGCUCGGUGAGCUCGUCCUACUCGCCAUCAUCCAGGGCAUUCUAAUCGGCAUCCGCGCUGACGCGGACCAGGAGAGCAACACACGCGCGCUGUCCAUCAUCAUCGCCUUCUCCGGCGGUGCCUGGACCCUAACCGCACUCCCGUGGUUCCUGCUGGAGAAGCACCGACCUGGACAGCCGCUGCCGCGGGGGACGAACUAUAUCACUGCGGGCGCCAUGCAGGCCUGGACGACGAUCAAGGUGAUCUGGGAGCUGAAGCAGAGCCUGAUCUACCUGAUCGUGUAUUUUUUUCUCAGCGAUGCGCUCGUCACGACAACGACGGUGAUCAGCACGAUCACUAACGACCUAGUCAGCUUUAGCACCACCCAGCUCAACCUGCAACUCAUCCUCGGCAUCGCCGCGCAAGGCAUCGGCAUCUAUGGAUUCUGGCUGGUCCAGAAGCGGUUCAAGCUGUCGACUCUGACGUUGUUCAACCUGAUCGUGCCUGGGAUCAUCCUUUUGCAAAUCUGGGGGUUGAUAGGUGCCAUUGGGCAUCAGGACCGCUUUGGUUUUCAGCGCGUGUGGGAGGCGUACGCGUACCAGGCCUUCUACGGGCUCUUCGUGUGUCCGUGGUACGCAGUAUCGUUUACGAUGAUCAGCGAGUUCUCGCCGAAAGGCUACGAGUUCCUCUUCUUCAGCUUGUUCUCGCUGGUCGGCAAGACGUCCGCUUUCAUGGGCCCAUUCAUCAGCUCGGCCAUCGCAAGCCGGGUGAACAACCCUCGGAUGCCGUUCGCGUUCCUCCUCGCGCUCACUGUCGCCAGCUGCUCAGGCCUGUUCUUUCUUGACCUGCGCAAGGCCAAGCUACAGCAGCAGGUGUUUCUGCAAAAGGGUAACGCCAUUAAGGGGCUGCGCGCCGCCGACACGGCCCUCGUCGCUGAUGGCACGCUGGCUGCUGCCCCGUCCUCAUGGACAGCACGCCAGACGCACUCCGCAGAGGUAGAUUUGAAGCGAGGUUUGGAAGAGUAGUAACGAUGUAAUUCAAAAUGGAGUCGUCAAUACAUAUGGGUGCC